AGAUCCCCUCUCUUCUAAAAUUCUAACGGAUAUUUUCAUCUCUAUCACAUGAAACCGCUCUCACGUGCAGUGUCGAGCGGAACCAUUGUUUCACUACGGACAGUUUGAUCGUCGCACAAGGAGGAAACGUGUAUGGACGACAUUGUAGGCGUUUGUGAAGAGCAAUCAUGUAUAGAAGACUACUGUUGUCAGUCUAUCAGGCUAGAAAUCGUGCAUUACAUGUGUACAUCCGUGAGGCAUGUUUAAGGUCGUCGAAAUGUGACAUAGUGUUACUCCCCAUUUACAGAGCGACGAAUGGAGGGGUCUUCAAUGCGUUUGGCACAAGCUCUGCCACCUACUGUGGAAAAAAAGAGGGGCCACUCCCUCCCAAGGAAGAAAAUAGUACAGUGAAGGAUGGUGAGCAGAAGGAAGCAAUAAAGAUGGUUGGAGAGAAGGUCAUAGAGCUACAAGAUUGUGUAAAAAUGGUGGCAGAACAGCGUGAGCAGAGAGUAGGGGUGAAGAUGGAAGCAGUAAAGGAGAGCGAGAAAAUUGAAGAAAUUCUUAUACAAACAGAAGAGGUUGAGCCAAGGCUAGAGGCAAAGAUGGAUGGUGGAACCGAGAGCGUCAAAAUUAAUGAAAUCCACAUGAAAACAGAAGAGGUUGAGCAAAAACUACAAUCAAAGAUGGAGGCAGCUAAGGAGAGUGAGAAAAUUGAAGAAAUAAUCCAGAUUAAAACAGAAGAGGUUGAGCCAAUUCUAGAGGCAAAGAUGGAGGCUGUAAAGGAGAGCAAAAUAAUUGAGGAAAUUCCAGUUAAUAUGGAGGCAGCCAAGGAUAGCGAGAAAAUGGAAGAAAUCCAGACUAAAACAGAACCUGUGCCCAUUCCAGAAGUAAAGAUGGAGGGAGUAAAGGAGAGUGAGGAAAUGGAAGAAAUCAUGAUAGCCAGUAAAACAGAAGAGCAAAAGCUAGAAGUAACAAUGGAGGUAGUAAAAGAGGGUGAAACAAUUGUAGAGGUCCACGUUAAAACAGAGGUUGUAGAAGGAAAGAAAGAGGGAGACAAGGUAAUAGAGGAGCAGACGUUAGAGGUCAAUAAAGAGGAACAACAGACAGAAGUCCCGCCUAAGGAGGAAAUUCAGCCUGUGAAGACUGGGAAGGAGAAUCUGCUGGACCUCCUGGGGGCCAUGAAGGUAGAGGUGACCAACAAGAGGAAGUUUAAGGCCUUGAAGGUGCAGAGGGUCUCUGAGCCUGCUGCCAGGCCCAAGCCAGCAGCUAUGGAAAGCACCACCAGUAUGUUCCAGGAGGCCACUGGCAUGGCUGACGCACAUGCCCCAAGUGAGACACUGAGCCUUGAGCUGGUUGCUGCUGUCUCGGCUGCUGCAUCUACUCUACCUAACCAGAGCCAGGCUGAGUCAGAGCUGCUGAAGAAGCUGAGGCAACAUGAGGCUGUCGGAGAGGCACAGAAGAACGGGGACGUCAACAACAUUGGGUUUAUCAUUGCUGACAUGAAGGUGGGGAAGAGGCCCAAUGGCAGGCAGAACGCACGGCCAGCCAAUCAGAUCCGCUUUGAUGAAGAUGGGCGGGGCUACACCCAUGACAGAGGCAUCACUGCAGAGCUGGAUGGUGGAUUACGGAGGAGGAGAAGUCUAUUUUCGGGGAAAAGGCUGAACAUCUUCACCCCGAGCACUGAACCGGAAGCAGACACAGACAUAGCUGCUCCGACCCUAUGGGACAUGGAGUUAGCCAAUCAAGUGGCCCUGUCAACCAAUCAAAUGCCUCGUAAUGGCUUUGAGGAGAUGAUCCAGUGGACCAAAGAGGGCAGGCUGUGGCAGUAUCCAAUCAACAACGAGGCUGGUCUUGAGGAGGAGGCCCUGGUGCCCUUCCAUGAGCACGUGUUCCUGGAGAAACACCUGGAGGAAGGCUUCCCGCGCCAGGGACCUGUCAGACACUUCAUGGAGCUGGUGGUCUCGGGCCUGGCUAAGAACCCCUACUACACAGUACAGCAGAAGAGAGAACACAUAGCCUGGUUCAGGGACUACUUUCAGCAGAAAGAGGAGGUCCUCAAGGAGGCUGAGGUUUACCUCAACUGAACUGUGAUGGUAAAAUUGAAGAGAAACUCUUAUCUUUGUAAGUAAUUUAUGAUCACACAAAUGCUAACGUGGGAUUUAAGGGUUGUAGACUCCUAUGGCGUGACACAGCCUUGUCUCAGGGCUAGGGGUGAUCCGUUUACUAAAACAAUAAUGACAGAAAGGCACACCCUGCUCCUGAAAUCUCAAACUGUCACUCAGAGAUUGGAUGGUAUUUUCCUAUGAGAGAAGCAAUGGAGAUGGUUAACAGAGAACCUGGUAUAGCCCUUAAUCGGAUACAACAUGUAUUGUUUUGGUUGUUCUGAGACUCUGUUAACUAUACACACCGUGCCCGUUUCUCUACCUUGACAAUUCCGCUGUUGGUGUCUGAUCAAGGAAAAGUGUAUAGCAAACACGUUGUGUGCUUCAGAUGGAUCUGUCCUCGUGCUGUGUACUUUGCGUGCAAUUUAAAGAGUAACUAUUACAUACAUUUAAUUGACACAUUGAACUCGGCACUCUGCAAGAUUUAGCUUCAAAAUAGCUAUCGUUAUUGAGAUUUUAUUGAAAUAAACACUGUUUUUCAAAGUCUUGUUUAAUGCUAGGAUUUCUUAAAGACAGGUGAGACUCUUAAGUGUUUGUGUUCCUGUGAAAUUCUCAGAAAACAUUAUUGCCCGGUCAAUAAAAAAGUAUUCUGCCCUGUCUGCAUCUUUACUGUAUACAUAAAAAGGGGUCUAUGUUUUGGCCUUAGUAACCUCACUGUAAGCCAAACAGGAUAGAGAGAGAGAAUGUUUUGUUGAAUGUAUGUAAUAGAAAGGCCUUAAGGUUAAGAGAAUAAAAACAUUCUCCUUACAA